CAGUGCAGGUGCCCUCGGUGCCAGCCCCGGCGUCCCCCCCGCUCCCCGCAGGCGUUCCUGGCAGCGCUGCAGACCCAGUGGAGCUGGAUGCUCCAGCUCUGCUGCUGCAUCGAGACCCACCUGAAGGAGAACACCAACUACUUCCAGUUCUUCGCCGAGGUGCGGGAGGCCGAGGAGCUGCUGCGGAAGACGGAGGAGACGAUGCGGCGCAAGUUCAGCUGCGACCGCGGCACCACGGCCACGCGCCUUGAGGACCUGCUGCAGGACCUCGCGGAGCAGAAGGAGCAGCUGGCGGAGUUGGGGGCGCAGCUGGGGGGUCUCUCCCGCCGCGCCAGGACCAUCGUGCAGCUGAAGCCACGCAGCCCCUCGACACCCCUGCAGGGCCGCCCCCCCAUCCAGGCCGUCUGCGACUACAAGCAAAUGGAGGUGACGGUGCACAAGAACGACACCUGUGCCCUGGUGAACCACGCACAGCCGCAGCAGUGGCGGGUGCUGAGCGCCGCUGGCGGCGAGGCCGUCGUCCCCUCGGUCUGCUUCCUCCUGCCACCCCCCAACAAGGAGGCUCUGGACGCCGUGCACAGGCUGGAGACCGCCCACCAGCAGCUGCUGGGGCUGUGGCAGCAGCUGCACCAGGACCUGCGCAGCCUCCGCGCCUGGCAGUACCUGACCCGGGACAUCCAGCAGAUCCACUCCUGGACCCACGUCACGUUCCGCACGCUGCCGGCCGAGGAGGUGCGUCAGGUCCUGUCCAGCCUGGAGAGGCACUACCAGGAGUUCCUGCGGGACAGCCAGGACUCCCAGAGCUUCCAGCCCGAUGACCGGCUGCAGGUGGAGCGCGACUACAACGCCUGCACUCACAAAUACGAGCUGCUGCUGCGUAGCCAGGAGAAAGGAGAGCAGGACGAGUCUCUGUGCAAGAGCUACAUCUCGCAGCUGAAGGACAUCCGGCUGCAGCUGGAGAGCUGCGAGAGCCGCACCGUGCACCGCCUGCGCCUGCCCCUCAAGGCCGACCCCCUGCGCGAGUGCGCCCAGCGCCAGGCUGAGCAGCAGCAAACACACCUGGAGCUGGAGGGCAUCCAGAAGAACCUGGCCAAAGUCAGCGAGAAGACGGAGCAGGUGCUGGCGCAGCCGGAGCAGGCGGGCUCGGCGCCUGUCCUGCGCUCCGAGCUGGAGGUCACCCUGCGGAAGAUGGAGCAGGUGUACAGCCUCUCCAGCAUCUACCUGGAGAAGCUGAAGACCAUCGGGCUGGUGAUCCGGAGCACGCAGGGCGCUGAGGAGCUGCUCCGCAAGUACGAGGAGCAGCUGAAGGACGUGCAGGCGGUGCCCGCUGACCUGGCUGAGCUGGAGGCCAGCAAGGCUGAGCUUAAGCGGCUGCGGGCACAGGCCGAGAGCCACCAGCCCUUCUUCAGCACGCUGGAGACCGACCUCGGCAAGGCCAAGGACGUCAACGAGCGGAUGGUCCGCGGCCACAGCGAGCGGGACGUGGACCUGGAGCGGUACCGGGAGCGGGUGCAGCAGCUGCUGGAGCGCUGGCAGGCCGUGCUGGGCCAGGCUGACCUGCGCCAGCGCGAGCUGGACCAGCUGGGCCGCCAGCUGGGCUACUACCGGCAGAGCUGCGACGCGCUGCGCCAGUGGAUCCGCGAUGCCCGGCAGCGCCAGGAGGCCAUCCAGGCCGUGCCCAUCACCGACAGCCGGGCCGUGCGCGAGCAGCUGCUGCAGGAGAAGAAACUGCUGGAGGAGUGUGAGCAGCACAAGGAGAAGGUGGAGGAGUGCCAGCGCUAUGCCAAGCAGUACAUCGAUGCCAUCAAGGACUACGAGCUGCAGCUGGUGAGCUUCAAGGCACAGGUGGAGCCGGUGGCAUCGCCAGCCAAGAAGCCCAAAGUGCAGUCGGCAUCUGACAGCAUCAUCCAGGAGUACGUGGACCUGCGGACGCAGUACAGUGAGCUGACCACGCUCACCACCCAGUACAUCAAGUUCAUCACCGAGACACUGCGGCGGCUGGAGGACGAGGAGAAAGCCGCCGAGAAGCUGAAAGAGGAGGAGAGGAAGCGGCUGGCGGAGGUGGAGGCGCAGCUGGAGAAGCAGCGGCAGCUGGCCGAGGCCCACGCCAAAGCCAAGGCACAGGCGGAGGCGGAGGCGCGGGAGCUGCAGCUCCGCAUGCAGGAGGAGGUCACCCGGCGGGAGGUGGUGGCCGUGGAUGCCGAGCAGCAGAAGCAGAACAUCCAGCAGGAGCUGAUGCAGCUGCGGCAGAACUCGGACCACCAGAUCAAGUCCAAGGUGAAGCUGAUCGAGGAGGCUGAAUACAACCGCAAGAAAGUGGAGGAGGAGAUCCGCCUCAUCCGCCUGCAGCUGGAGAGCACCGAGAAGCAGCGGGAGAGCGCAGAGACAGAGCUGCAGGAGCUGCGGGCACGUGCUGAAGAUGCUGAGCGGCAGAAGCGGCAGGCACAGGAGGAGGCCGAGCGCCUGCGCCGGCAGGUGAAGGAGGAGAGCCAGAAGAAGCGGGAGGCGGAGGAGGAGCUGAAGCGCAAGGUGCAGGCUGAGCGCGAAGCGGCGCGGGAGAAGCAGAAGGCAGUGGCAGACCUGGAGCAGCUGCGGCUGCAGGCGGAGGAGGCUGAGCGGCGCAUGCGGCAGGCAGAGGCUGAGAAGGACCGGCAGAUCCAGGUGGCCCAGGAGGUGGCCCAGCGCAGCGCUGAGGCCGAGCUGCAGAGCAAGAGGCUCUCUUUCGCCGAGAAGACAGCGCAGCUGGAGCUGUCACUGCAGCAGGAGCACGAUGUGGUGGCCCAGCUGCAGGAGGAGGCUGAGCGGCUGAAGAGGCAGCAGCUGGAAGCCGAGCACUCACGGGAGGAGGCUGAGAAGGAGCUGGAGCGCUGGCGGCAGAAGGCCAACGAGGCGCUGCGCCUGCGGCUGCAGGCCGAAGAGGUGGCGCACAAGAAGUCACUGGCACAGGAGGAGGCCGAGAAGCAGAAGGAGGAUGCAGAGCGCGAGGCCCGCAAGCGCGCCAAGGCAGAGGAGGUGGCCGUGCGGCAGAAGGAGCUGGCGGAGGAAGAGCUGGAAAAGCAGCGGGUGCUGGCAGAGGGCACAGCCCAGCAGAAGCUGGCGGCGGAGCAGGAGCUGAUCCGGCUGAAGGCGGAGAUGGAGAAUGGGGAGCAGCAGCGCCUGCUCCUGGAGGAAGAGCUCUCACGGUUGAAGGGCGAGGUAAACGAGGCCAUCCAGAGGAGGAAAGAGCUGGAGGAGGAGCUGGCCAAGCUGCGGGCAGAGAUGGAGGUCCUGCUGGAGAGCAAGGCCAAGACAGAGGAGGAGUCGCGCUCCAGCAGCGAGAAGUCCAAGCAGCGGCUGGAGGCAGAGGCCAACAAGCUGCGGGAGCUGGCUGAGGAGGCUGCCCGCCUGCGCGCCCUCUCCGAGGAGGCCAAGCGGCAGCGGCAGCUGGCAGAGGACGAGGCCAGCCGGCAACGGGCCGAGGCCGAGCGCAUCCUGAAGGAGAAGCUGGCGGCCAUCAACGAGGCCUCACGGCUGAAGGCGGAAGCAGAGAUCGCGCUGAAGGAGAAGGAGGCAGAGAACGAGCGGCUGCGGCGGCUGGCGGAGGACGAGGCCUACCAGCGCAAGCUGCUGGAGGAGCAGGCGGCCCAACACAAGCAGGACAUUGAGGAGAAGAUUGCCCUGCUGAAGCGCUCCUCAGAGAGCGAACUGGAGAGGCAGAAGGGGCUCGUGGAGGAUACGCUGCGGCAGCGGCGGCAGGUUGAGGAGGAGAUCCGCGCCCUCAAGGCCAGCUUUGAGAGGGCCUCAGCUGGCAAGAGCGAGCUGGAGCGGGAGCUGAACCGCAUCCGUGGAGAGGCAGAGGAGGUGCAGCGCAGCCGGGAGCAGGCGGAGCGGGAGGCUGAGCGGCAGCGGGCACUGGCGCUGGAGGAGGAGGGCCGCCGGCGUGAGGCUGAAGAGAAGGUGCAGGCCAUCCUGGCGGCCGAGGAGGAGGCAGGGCGGCAGCGGCGUCUGGCCCUGGAGGAGGUGGAGCGGCUGCGGGCCAUGGUGGAGGAGGCACGGCGGCAGAAGGAACUAGCGGAAAAGGAAUCAGAGCGGCAGAUCCAGCUGGCACGGGAGGCGGCGCAGAAGCGGAUUGCAGCCGAGGAGAAGGCACACCUGGCUGCCGUGCAGCAGAAGGAGCAGGAGCUGCUGCAGACACGCCAGCAGGAGCAGAGCCUUCUGGACCGGCUGCGUGAGGAGGCUGAGCGGGCCCGGCGGGCGGCUGAGGAGGCCGAGUUUGCCCGUGGCAAGGCCGAGCAGGACGCCAGCUUGUCCCGGCAGCGCGUGGAGGAGGCUGAGCGGCUGAAGCAGCGGGCAGAGGAGGAGGCGCAGGCCAAGGCACAGGCACAGGCAGAUGCAGAGAAGCUGCGGAAGGAGGCCGAGCUGGAGGCAGCAAAACGGGCGCAGGCAGAGCAGGCUGCCCUGCGGCAGAAGCAGCUGGCCGAUGCCGAGAUGGAGAAGCACAAGAAGUUUGCCGAGCAGACACUGCGGCAGAAGGCGCAGGUGGAGCAGGAGCUGACCAAGGUGAAGUUGCAGCUGGAUGAGACAGACCACCAGAAGGGCAUCCUGGAUGAGGAGCUGCAGCGGCUGAAGGAGGAGGUGACAGACGCCGUCCGGCAAAAGGCCCAAGUGGAGGAGGAACUCUUCAAGGUCCGGGUGCAGAUGGAGGAGCUGGCCAAGCUGAAGAGCCGCAUCGAGGAGGAGAACAAGGCACUGAUCCUCAAGGACAAGGACAACACGCAGAAGUUCUUGGCAGAGGAGGCAGAGAAGAUGAAGCAGGUGGCGGAGGAGGUGGCCCGCCUGAGCGUGGAGGCGCAGGAGGCCGCCCGCAUGCGGCAGCUGGCUGAGGACGACCUGGCGCAGCAGCGGGCACUGGCAGAGAAGAUGCUGAAGGAGAAGAUGCAGGCGGUGCAGGAGGCCACGCGGCUGCGGGCAGAGGCUGAGAUGCUGCAGAAGCAGAAGGAUCUGGCGCAGGAACAUGCCAAGAAGCUGCAGGAGGACAAGGAGCAGAUGCAGCAGCGCCUGGCUGAGGAGACCGAGGGCUUCCAGAAGACGCUGGAGGCUGAGCGCCGGCGGCAGCUGGACAUUACAGCUGAGGCUGAGCGCCUCAAGCUGCAGGUGGCAGAGAUGAGCAUGGCCCAGGCCAAGGCUGAGGAGGAAGCCAAGCGGUUCAAAAAGCAGGCGGAGGAGAUCAGUGAGAGGCUGCAUGAGACUGAGCUGGCCACACAGGAGAAGAUGACGAUGGUGCACACCCUGGAGAUCCAGCGGCACCAGAGCGAUGAGGAUGCAGAAAAGCUGCGGAAGGCCAUCGCUGACCUGGAGAAGGAGAAGGAGAAGCUGAAACAGGAGGCAGCGCUGCUGCAGCAGAAGGCAGAGGAGAUGCAGGUGGCCCAGCAGGCUCAGCUCCGUCAGGAGACGCAGCUCCUGCAGCAGAGCUUCCUGACGGAGAAAGAUGCCCUGCUGCAGAAGGAGAAGUUCAUUGAGGAGGAGAAAUCGAAGCUGGAGAAGCUCUUUAAGGAUGAAGUGAACAAAGCCCAGAACCUGAAGGCAGAGCAGGAACGGCAGCAGCAGGAGAUGGAGCAGGAGAAGCAGCAGUUGAAAGCUAUGUUAGAGGAAGCCAAGAAGCAUCAGAAGGAAGCUGAGGAAAACGUCCGGCACAAGCAGGAGGAGCUACAGCAGCUGGAGAAGCAGCGACAGCAGCAGGAGAAACUUCUGGAAGAAGAGAACAAGAAGCUGAGGGAGAGGCUCGAGCAGAUGCAGGAGGAGUACAAGGCUGCCCUGGCCCAGAGACGGGAGAUCAUGAUCCAGACAGAUGACCUGCCUGGGGAGGUGGUUACGACAACGCAGCUGCUGGACAUCAAGGCUGUGCCCAAUGGCCGGGAUGCAAUGGACGGCUUAGCCCAGAAUGGGGAGCCGGAGUUCGCCUUUGACGGCAUCCGGCAGAAGGUGUCAGCAGAGAAGCUGGCUGAUGCAGGCAUUCUGAGCAGGGAGAACUUAGACAAGUUGGCAAAGGGUGUUGUGAGUGUGGGCGAGCUCUCUCAGAGGGAGGAUGUCAAGAAGUACCUGCAGGGCAAGAGCAGCAUUGCCGGUUUGCUGAUCAAACCCUCCAACCAGAAGAUGAGCAUCUACGAAGCCAUGAAGAAGAAGCUGCUCAGCCCAGGCACAGCGCUGGUGCUCCUGGAGGCACAGGCUGCUUCUGGCUUCAUCAUUGACCCUGUGCGGAAUGCAAGGCUCUCGGUGAACGAGGCGGUGCGAGAGGGAGUGAUCGGGCCAGAGCUGCACAACAAGAUGCUGUCGGCCGAGCGGGCUGUCACCGGCUAUAAGGAUCCAUACACAGGUGACAAGAUCUCCCUCUUCCAGGCCAUGCAGAAGGAUCUCAUCGUCAGGGACCACGGCAUCCGCCUGCUCGAGGCCCAGAUCGCCACCGGCGGCAUCAUCGAUCCUGUCAACAGCCACCGCCUGCCCGUGGAAGCUGCCUACAAGCGUGGCUACUUCGAUGAGGAGAUGAAUCAGGUCCUGUCUGACCCCACUGAUGACACCAAGGGCUUCUUCGAUCCCAACACUCAGGAGAACCUCACCUACCUGCAGCUCAUGGAGCGGUGCGUGACUGACCCGGACACAGGGCUGUGCCUCCUGCCACUCACUGACCAAGCAGCCAAAGCCAGAGAGCUGGUCUACACUGACAAGGAAGCCAAGGAUGUCUUCAAGAAGGCCACGGUGACAGCACCGUUUGGCAAGUUCCAAGGGAAGACGAUGACCAUCUGGGAGCUAAUCAACUCUGAAUACUUCACUGAGGACCAAAGGCGGGACCUGAUCCAGCAGUACAGGACUGGCAAGAUCACAGUGGAGAAGAUCAUCAAGAUCGUCAUCACGGUUGUGGAGGAAAGUGAGAAGAAGAGCCAGAUGUGCUUUGAGGGCCUGCGGGGUCCCGUGCCCGCUGCCGAGCUGCUUGAGAGCAAGAUCAUCAACAAGGACCUCUACAACCAGCUGCACCAGGGCAAGAAGUCCAUAAAGGACGUGGCAGAGAUGGAGUCCGUACGGCAGUACCUGAAGGGCACGGAUGCCAUUGCUGGUGUCCUGGUGGAGUCUACAGGCCAGAAGCUCACCUUCUACGAGGCCCUGAAGAGAAACCUGCUGAAGCCAGAAGUUGCCCUGUCCCUGCUGGAGGCACAAGCUGCCACCGGCUACAUCAUUGACCCUGUGGCUAACAAGCUCUUCUCCGUGGAUGAGGCAGUGAAGGCCGAGGUGGUGGGGCCAGAGUUCCACGAGAAGCUGCUGUCGGCAGAGAAGGCGGUGACUGGCUACAAGGAUCCCUACACAGGUCAGACAGUUUCCCUCUACCAAGCACUCCAGAAGGGCCUCAUCCCCAGCGACACUGGGCUCCGGCUGCUGGACGUCCAGCUUGCCACUGGUGGCAUCAUCGACCCCGUCAACAGCCACCGGCUCCCGCUUGAGGUUGCCUACAAGCGCGGCUACUUCGACCCAGAGAUAAACAAGGCUCUGACUGAGUUCCAAGAUGAAGCCAAGGCUUUCUACUGUCCCAACACCCAGGAACACCUCACCUAUGUGCAGCUGCAGAAGAGUUGUCACCGCGACAAGCAGACUGGCCUACGCCUGCUGCCCCUAUCUGACAAGGCAAUCCAGUCACAGCAGGAGGAGAUCUACACUGACAGCCAGGCCAAGGAGUGCUUCGACAAAGCAACCAUAGAGGUCCCGGUGGGCAGCAUGAAGGGCCAGACAAUGACCAUCUGGGAGCUGAUCCACUCUGAAUACUUCACAGAGGAGCACAGGCGGGAGCUGCUCCGACAGUACAAGACCGGCAAAGUGACCAUCGAGAAGAUCAUCAAGAUUGUGAUCACCAUCAUCGAGGAGGCAGAAACCAAAAAGCAGGAGAAACUGACAUUCAGUGGUCUGCGGGCACCAGUGCCAGCCAGCGAGCUGCUGGAGUCCUGCAUCAUCAGCAAAACCCAGUACGAGCAGCUGAAGGAAGGCAAGAAAUCAGUGAAGGACCUCUCUGAGACAGAUGCAGUCAGGAGAUUCCUGCAUGGCAGCGACUGCAUUGCCGGUGUCUAUGUGGAGGCCACCAAGGAGAAGCUGAACAUCUAUGAAGCCAUGAAGAGGAACCUGCUGAGACCCAGCACAGCCGUGGUCCUCCUGGAAGCCCAGGCAGCCACUGGGUUCUUGAUUGACCCUGUGAAGAACCGUAAACUGUACGUCAACGAGGCGGUGAAGGCUGGCAUUGUCGGGCCUGAGCUGCACGAGAAGCUGCUGUCGGCUGAGAAGGCUGUCACGGGGUACAAGGAUCCCUACUCGGGUGAUACCAUCUCCCUGUUCCAGGCCAUGAAGAAAGGGCUUAUUGUCAAGGAGCAUGGCAUCCGUCUGCUCGAGGCCCAGAUCGCCACCGGUGGCAUCAUCGACCCCGUGCACAGCCACCGCCUGCCCGUGGAGGUGGCCUACAAGCGUGGCUACUUUGACGAGGAGAUGAACCGGACUCUCUCCGACCCCAGUGAUGACACCAAGGGCUUCUUCGACCCCAACACUCAGGAGAACCUCACCUAUGUGCAGCUGAAGGAGAGGUGCAUCGAGGAUCCCGAGACGGGCCUAUACCUGCUGCCGCUGCGGGAGCCUGAGAAGCAAAAAGUGGUGGAAACCACUCACAUGUAUACAGAAGAAGAGACACGGAAGGUGUUUGAGGAGACACAGGUGGACAUCCCUGUGGGCAGCCGGGCAGGCUCCUCCAUGUCACUGUGGGAUGUCAUGCACUCAGACCUGCUGCCCGAGGAGCAGCGUAAACACCUCAUGGAGGAGUUCCAGUCGGGCCGCGUGUCCAAGGAGCGCAUGAUCAUCAUUAUCAUCGAGAUCAUCGAGAAGACUGAGAUCAUCCGUCAGCAGAAUCUAACAUCCUAUGACUAUGUCCGGCGCCGCAUCACAGCCGAGGACCUCUACGAGGCCAAGAUCAUCACACAGGACAUCUACAACCUGCUGAAACAGGGCUCCAAAACCUUCCGGGAGCUCCUGGAUGUGGAGACUGUCUGGAAGUACCUUUAUGGGUCAGGCUGUGUGGCUGGCAUCUACAUCCCCUCCUCCAAGCAGACACUCAGUGUCUACCAGGCGCUGAAGAAGGGCCUGAUCAAUUCCGAAGUGGCCCGCUCCCUCCUGGAGGCCCAGGCAGCCACCGGCUUCAUGAUCGACCCCACGAAGAAUGAAAUGCUGACUGUUGAUGAGGCAGUCAGGAAGGGCGUGGUGGGGCCAGAGAUCCACGACCGGCUCCUGUCUGCAGAGAGAGCUGUGACCGGCUACAGGGACCCCUACAGUGAACAGAAGAUUUCCCUCUUCCAGGCCAUGAAGAAGGAUCUCAUUCCCAGCGAAGAGGCCCUCAAGCUCCUAGACGCCCAGAUCGCCACCGGCGGCAUAAUUGACCCUCACCUGGGCUUCCACCUGCCCCUGGAGGUGGCCCUCCAGCGGGGCUUCAUCAACAAGGAGACGUAUGACAUGCUGUCGGAGCCCAGCGAGGUGCGCAGCUACGUGGACCCCUCCACAGAUGAGAAGCUCAGCUACACGCAGCUGCUGAGGCGGUGUCGGAAGGACGAGAACUCCAGGCUCCUCCUGCUCCCGCUCUGCGACACACGGAAGCUCACCUUCCGGGGCCUGCGGAAGCAGAUCACUGUGGAGGAGCUGGUCCUCUCACAGGUGAUGGACGAAGCCACAGCCCAGCGCCUCCAGGAGGGUCUCACCUCUGUCGAGGAGGUCUCUAAGAACCUGAAGAAGUUCCUGGAGGGCACCAGCUGCAUCGCUGGCGUCUUUGUGGACUCCACAAAGGAGCGUCUGUCCAUCUACCAGGCCAUGAAGAAGGGGAUCAUCCGGCCUGGCACUGCCUUCGAGCUCUUGGAGGCACAGGCAGCCACGGGCUAUGUGAUUGAUCCCAUCAAGGGGCUCAAACUGACAGUGGAGGAAGCUGUGCGCAUGGGCAUUGUGGGCCCCGAGUUCAAGGACAAGCUGCUCUCUGCCGAGCGGGCCGUCACCGGCUACCGGGACCCCUACACCGGAAAGCUCAUCUCCCUCUUCCAGGCGAUGAAGAAGGGUCUGAUCCUGAAGGACCACGGCAUCCGCUUACUGGAGGCACAGAUCGCCACGGGAGGCAUCAUCGACCCUGAGGAGAGCCACCGCCUGCCUGUGGAGGUGGCCUACAAGAGGGGCCUCUUUGACGAGGAGAUGAACGAGAUCCUGCUGGACCCUAGUGACGACACCAAGGGCUUCUUCGACCCCAACACAGAGGAGAACCUCACCUACCUGCAGCUCAUGGAGCGGUGCAUCACAGACCCAGAGACCGGCCUCUGCCUCCUGCCUCUGAAGGAGAAAAAGCGGGAGAGGAAGACCUCCUCCAAGUCCUCCGUCCGCAAGCGCCGCGUGGUGAUCGUUGACCCGGAGACUGGCAAGGAGAUGUCUGUCUACGAAGCCUAUCGCAAGGGCCUCAUUGACCACCAGACUUACCUGGAGCUGUCAGAGCAGGAGUGCGAGUGGGAGGAGAUCACCACCUCCUCCUCCGAUGGCGUGGUGAAGUCAAUGAUCAUCGACAGGCGCUCAGGGCGCCAGUAUGACAUCGAUGAUGCCAUUGGCAAGGGUCUGAUUGACCAGUCAGCCCUGGACCAGUACCGCUCAGGCACCCUCUCCAUCACUGAGUUUGCUGACAUGCUCUCUGGCAACAUGGGUGGCUUCCGGUCGCGGUCAUCCUCAGUUGGAUCCUCCUCCUCCUACACUGUCAGCCCAGCCCUGUCACGGACUCAGAUCUCCAUGUGGACUGACCCAACCGAAGAGACUGGGCCAGUGGCAGGCAUCCUGGACACGGACACCCUGGAAAAGGUGUCCAUCACGGAGGCGAUGCGCCGCAACCUGGUGGACAACAUCACAGGGCAGCGGCUGCUGGAAGCCCAAGCCUGCACCGGAGGCAUCAUCGACCCCAACACCGGUGACAAAUGCACCGUCGCUGAUGCGGUCACCAAGGGCCUGGUUGACAAGAUCAUGGUGGACCGCAUCAACCUGGCGCAGAAGGCCUUCUACGGCUUUGAGGACCCGCGGACCAAGACAAAGAUGUCGGCGGCGCAGGCCCUGAAGAAGGGCUGGCUGUACUAUGAGGCCGGGCAGCGGUUCCUGGAGGUGCAGUACUUGACAGGGGGCCUGAUCGAGCCUGAUGCCCCAGGCCGUGUCUCCCUGGAUGAGGCGCUGCAGAAGGGCACCAUUGACGCACGGACUGCCCAGAAGCUGCGGGAUGUCAACACCUAUUCCAAGUACCUCACCUGCCCCAAGACCAAGCUCAAGAUCUCCUACAAGGAUGCCAUGGACCGGAGCAUGAUCGAGGAUGGGACUGGCCUGCGGCUGCUGGAGGCCUCCUCCCAGUCCAGCAAGGGCUACUACAGUCCCUACAACAUCAGCAGCGCCGGCUCCACCUCCGGAUCGCGCUCGGGCUCUCGCACCGGCUCCCGCUCAGGCUCCCGGCGCGGCAGUUUCGACGCCACUGGCUCCGGCUUCUCCAUGACCUUCUCUUCCUCCUCUUACUCCUCCUCGAGUUUCGGGCGCAGAUACACGGGGAGUACCCAGGGCACCAUGGAGGAGGCUGCCCUUGCCCUCGCCCUGGCCGCAUCCAGAAGCUGCGGGUGGGAGGCGAGCAGGGAGUGCCCCGGGGUGUCUGGGCCCCUGCUCCACGUGGCCUUGCAGCGAGGAGGGGGCUCUGCACCCCAGCCCCCCGAGCUGCCCCAUCUCCCUGCCUUGGCCUCCUGGCACGUCCCCACCACCACGCCGCAGAGCCGGUGCCCUGACCGUAAGUGCCGCGCUGGCGCUGCCCGGUGCUUCCGCGCCAUGCGGGGGGACCUGCCUCUGCUCGCCACUUCACCCGCCGAGGGGCUUCGCUGCGUGCCUGCCUCCGCCAGCCCACCCGCUCACCCGUCCUCCGGGACGCGCCCGCCGCGGUCGGCCGAGCCCACGCCCCUGCCUGGGUCUGCGCAGCUCCUGCCCCCAGAACCCCCCAGAGCCGUGGGUGUUUUCCUGACCCUCACAAAGAGUAUGAGGGCCAUGGGACCCCUGCAGCACAGGACGUCUUUUUCCAGUCCCAACAAAGACCUCCCAGUGCCGCUGGGCGAGCUCCUGAGCUGGGUCUCCGACAUCAGCAGGUCGUGGAUGGGCUCGAGGGGAGCCCCAGAGGCGGCAGCUGCUCAGCCGUGCUCACCUGCGCAGGUGCGCGGCGCUGCGGGAGACGCCGGGCUCACCGGAGAUGGCGUGGAGAGGUCACCAUGGGGCAGGGAGGAGAUGGAGAGGUACGGCCACCGCUGGGCGCUGCCAGACGGGCCGUGUCAGGAGCUGCGGACGUGCCCGGGUGUCCGCACCCUGCCGGGGGAGCUGCUGAACCCUUCAUGGCAAGCCUGUCUGCGGUCCGAGCAGAGGCUGGAGGUGCAGGAGCAGCUGCUUGCCCUGCGGCACUGGCUGGACGCCGUAGAGAAGCGGCUGCUGGCGCUGCCAGAGCCCGGCACGGCCCUGCAGGUGCCGGUGCCGGUGUGGUUGCCGGUACCGGAGCAGGUGCCGGUGCCGGCGCGGGGGCAGCAGCAGGUGCCGGCCGGGCCCCCCCGGAGCGGUAACGGCGGCGGCGGCGCCCCCGGCCCGGCCCCAUGGACGCCCGAAGUCGCCGAGGGCCCCCCGUCCCCCCGGGCAGAUGCUCCUCUCUGGCGGCUCCUCGUUAAUCCAACGGCGCAGGGCGAUGCCGGGCGGGAGCAUCUGCCUCUCCCCAGCGCCUGGCGCUGCUGCCACUGCCGCGUCCUCUGCCGAGACAGGCACCCUGGGCACUGCCGGGGGUCCCUCGGGGUCCCCUCCCUCCGCCAGGCCCCGGUGACGGCCAGUGUCCCAUCUCGCUGUCCCGGCCGGGAUUUGAGGCGGGGGCCCGGCGCCCGCGCCAUGGGGAACUCGGUGAGUCGGCCCAGCUGCCUGGGCGAGAAGAGCCGGCGGCCGGAGGAGCUCCUGCGGGAGCCGGGGCUGGACGCGGGGCAGCCAUCCGCCGGAGGCGUCACGGAGGCCUGGCCCGAGCUGCUGGAGAAGGCACCGGUGCCGGUGGAGAAUGGCUGGAGCCCGGUGCCCGCUGCCGCGCGGAGCCGGCCGGGCAGCCCGGUGCUGAGGCGCAGCCAGUCCGAGGUGGCGGUGCAGAACGGGGGUGCAGCUGCGGUGAGGGGGCAGGUGGGGGGCGCAGCCUGGACGCCCCCCCGGGCCAGCGUUCCCCGCAGCACCUGGUCCUGGAAACCCGUCACCACCCGGGAGGUGACGGAGGUGACGGAGGUGACCGAGACCAUCGUGACGGAGAUCGUGGAGGUGACCGAGUACCCGGCGGGUGAGAAGGGUGGCGAGCCCGUGGUCACCCGGACGGUCACCGUGCUGACGGAGUGCGUGGGGGAGCUCACUGCUGCUGGCUGCGCCGGACACACGGACGCCACCGAGGUGUCCUCACGGGCUGUCCCUGUCCCAGAGGAGGCAGCGGAGCGGGGCCAGGAGACGCUGGAGCGGCUGCUGGCCUGGGUGGCCGACAUGGAGGAGUUGGUGAGCAACCAGAAGCCGCCGUCGGCGGAGGCGAAGGUGGUGAAGGCGCAGCUGGAGGAGCAGAAGCUCCUGAAGCGCCUGCUGGAGGAACGGAGGCCGCGUGUGGAGCUCGUCCUGCAGGACAGACUGACGGCACAGGGCUCGGGCACAGCCGAGGGCAGUGCCGACCUCUUCAGCCUCGGGGAGAGGUGGGACAAGCUGAUGCAGGAGGCUGAAGCCAGGUACGGCUGCCUGGAGCGGAUCCUGCCGGCAGCCCAGGGCUUCCAGGAGGCCGUAGACGCCUUCCAGGAGUGGCUCAGUGCCACAGAGCGGCAGCUGGCCCAGCUCUGGCGUGCUGACGGCUGUGUUGGCCGCGUGCAGGAUGCCCACCAGCAGACCCAGGCCCUCUGUGAGGAGAUCCGUGGGCGGCUGGGAGAGCUGGAUGGCGCCCUGGAGAGCGGGCAGCGCGUCCUGGAGCUGGUGACAGGGGAGGAGGCCCAGCUGACGCAGGAGAAGAUGGAGUCACUGAGGAUGCGGUACCUCAUCGCGGGCCAGAGCAGUGCUGACACCGCUCACCGGCUGGGGCAGACCCUGGAGGCCUCGUCUCGCCUGGGCACGGCCCCUGAGGACCUGGCACUGUGGCUGAGCCGCAUGGAGAAGGAGUUGGGCGAGCGGGAGAGCCAGCAGGAUGGCCAGGAGCCCUCAGUCACUGCCAGUGACAGGGAGAAGUUUGAGCAGGUCCUGGAGUCCCAGCUGAGCCGUGUGGCUGGGCUGGGUGAGCGGCUGGAGGAGAUCGGCCGCGUGCAGCUGGACGCUGAGGCUCUCCACUCGCAGCUCUCUGAGCAGAAGCUGCUCUCCGCCGAGAUCCUGCAUUGCCGCGGCCUGGUUGAGCGUCUGCUGGGGUUCUCGGAGCCGCUGCUGCGCUGCUGCCCUGAGCCCCUGCAGCAGCGCCUUCAGCCAUCAGUGCAGGCACUGCGGGAGCGCACGGAGCAACUGUCCCUGCGCAGCGGCGCCUGUGCCGUGCAGCUGGAGCACGCCCAGUCCCUGCUCACCCAGUUCUCCGAGGCCCUCGAGGAGCUGCUGCCCUGGCUGGAGGAGACGCAGGCCCUGGGGGUGCAGCUCUCACCCAACGCCAUCAGCUACGAGGCCUUCAAGGAGCAGCAGGCGCUGCUGCAGAGCCUGCGGGAGGCCAUCGCCGAGCACCGGCCGCUGGUGGGGAAGCUGCAGCGCGUGUCAGCACAGCUGCUGGAGCUGAGCCCGGAGCAGGGAGCCCCGUUCCAGCGGCGCUGGCAGGAGGUGGAGGAGCAGUACGGCCACAUCCGCGAGCGCGUGCGCCAGGCAGCGGCUCUGCUGGAGGAUGCCCUGCCGCGAUACAGCCAGCUGUCGGAGCGCAUGGAUCUGCUGCUGGAGUGCCUGGAGCGGCUGCAGAGCCGGCUGCAGAGCCAGCCCCCUGUCCGCGGCGACGCGGCCCACUUGAGGGAGCAGAUCCGGGAGAACAGCCUGGCCCUGGGCGAGCUGGAGAAGCUCGGGGUGGCCCUGGAGGGCAUCCGUGCACAGGGCGAGGAGCUGCUGGCCACCGUGCAGGCGGUCAGCUCCGACGCCGCGGACAGAGGGAUCCAGGAGCGCACGGCGCAGCUGCUGUCACAGUGGGGCUGCCUGCGCGGCCGCUGCCAGGAGCAGGAGCGGUGGCUUCGGGAGCUGCUGGCACUGGCCGAGCGCUUCUGGCAUGGCUUGUCUGAGCUGGCCGUGGCGCUCAGCGACACCCAGCAGCUGGUGCUGGGGCUGGAGGAGACCGGUGGCGAGCCCGAGGCCAUCCGCACCCGGCUGCGCACCAUGCAGGCUCUGCGGGAGGAGAUCGACGCGCUGCAGGGUGAGCUGGACACGCUGGGCAGCCUGGGCGUGGAGCUGAUGGCAUCCUGCGGGGACCCCGACAAGCCCGAUGUCACCAAGAGCCUGGACGAUCUCUACUCCUCCUGGCACAGCCUGAGCCGCGUGUGGACGGAGCGGAACGGGCGCCUCGAGGAGCAGCUCCAGGCCGCCCUCAGCUACCAGGACACCAUGCAGCGGCUGCUGGAGUGGCUGGACGCCGCCGAGCUGCGCAUCGCCGAGGAGUUCCUGGUGGGCGGGGACCUGGACAUGGUGCAGCAGCAGCUGGCGGAGCUCAAGGAGUUCAAGCGGGAGCUGUACCAGUGCAAGGUGGAUGUGGAGAGCCUGCGGCACCAGGGGGGCGCGGGGCAGGGGAACCCCCCAGCCGCGCUCAGCGACUUCCGCCAGCGCUGGGACCACCUGGAGGAGGAGAUCGUCAGCCGGCAGCACCAGCUGGAGGCGGCGCUGCUGGGGCUGGGGCAGUUCCAGCACCAGCUGGCCGAGCUGCUGCAGUGGCUGAGCCGCACCGGGGAGCAGCUGCGCGGCCCCGCGCCCCUGCGGCCCGACCUGCAGAGCUGCGAGAUCGAGCUGGCCAAGCACAAGGUGCUGCGCACCGACGUGAUGUCCCACGCCCGCACGGUGCAGUCGGUGACCGAGGCUGGCCAGGGGCUGCUGCUCUCCAGCCUGGGCGAGAGCGUGGAGGGGCUGCAGCGCAGCCUGCAGCAGCUGGAGCAGCACUGGGAGCUGGUGCGCAGCGAGACCGAGAGCCGGCAGCUGGAGCUGGAGAACAACCUCAGCCAGGUGCAGGACAUCACGCUGGAGAUCACGGAGCUGCUGCAGUGGCUGGAGCAGGUGGAGCUGCAGCUCUUCUGCUCCAAGCCGGCCUGGGGUCACCCAGAUGCCACCAAAGAGAAGCUCAACGCGCACCUGGAGCUGUGCCGGGAGCUGGAGGCGCGGGCCGUUUCCUACCGGGGGCUGCGGGAGCGGCUGCAGCGCCUGCUGGACUCGUGCCGCGCCGGCCGGCCCUGCAGCACCGAGCACAGCCUGCGGCUCCUCGAGCAGAAGUGGGAGAGCGUCCAGGCCGAGGCCCAGGAGAGGAAGGAGCGCCUGGCCGAGGGGCUGACGGUCACCACCGAGUUCCACGGCUCCGCGCAGGAGCUGCUGCGCUGGGUGGCCCACGCCGAGGAGCUGCUGGGGUCCCCCGCGCCCCCCAGCUUCGUCCUGGACACCGUCACCGCGCAGAUCCAGGAGCACAAGGCCCUGGUGAAGGAGGCGAACGCCCACGGGGAGAAGCUGGGCGGCCUGGAGGCCGUGGCCGCGCGCCUGAAGGAUUUCAGUCGGAAGCAGGACGGGGCCGUCAUCCAGAACCUGGUGCUGGCGGCCCGGGAGCGGCUGGGCAAGGUCCUGCAGCGGGCAGCAGAGAGGGGGGCGGUGCUGGAGGAGGCCCGAAAACGCAGCAAGCAGUUCAGCGAGUCCCGGCGGCUGCUUCUGGACUGGAUGGACGAGGUGGAGCAGAGCCUGGAGGUGCCGCAGGACGCUGCCACCAGCCAGGAGGAGAUCAAGUGCCAGCUGGCUGAGCACAAGGCAUUCCAGAAGGUGCUGCGGGCAAAGCGUCCGGUGUACGAGGCGACGCUGCGGAGCGGGCGGGCGCUGCGGGAAGGGGCGCGGCUGCCCCAGGACCUGCAGCCGCUGGAGGAGCUGCUGGGGGAGCUGAAGGAACGCUGGGAUGCGCUCUGCAGCCACGCCGCGGAGAGGCAGCACAAGCUGGAGGAGAACCUGCUCUUCUCGGGCAAGUUCACGGACGCGCUGCAGGCGCUCAUGGACUGGCUGUACCGCGCCGAGCCGCAGCUCAGCGAGGACGUGCCCGUCGGAGGGGACCGCGACCUGGUCGGGGACCUCGUGGACAAGCACAAGGUGUUCCAGAAGGAGCUGGGCAAGCGAGCCAGCUGCAUCAAGACGCUGAAGCGCUCGGUGCGGGACCUGACGCGCGGCAGCAGCAGCGUGGACUCGCAGUGGCUGCAGCGGCAGGUGGAGGAGCUCAGCACCCGCUGGGACCUGGUCUGCAAACUCUCCCUGUCCAAGCAGGCCCGGCUGGAGGCGGCGCUGCGGCAGGCGGAGGAGUUCCACACGCUGGUGCACUCCUUCCUGGGGCGCCUGACCGAGUCGGAGAAGACCCUCAAGUACGGAGUGUUCCCCGAGGAGGAGGCAGCCGUGCAGGAGUGCCAGGCCCAGCUGCAGGAGCUGAUGCAGUCCUUGCAGUGCCAGCAGCUGGAGCUGGAGUGCAUCACCUCGCUGGGGGAGGAGAUCCUCAGCACCUGCCACCCUGACUCCGUCAUCACCAUCAAAUCCUGGGUCACGGUCGCCAAGAGCCGCUUCCAGGAGGUGCUGAGCUGGGCGCAGCAGCAGGGCGAGCGGCUGCGGGCGCAGGCGGCCGCGCUGGCGGCCGAGCGGGAGGAGACGGAGCAGCUGCUGGACUGGAUCACGGCGGCCGAGGAGGCGCUGGGGCUGCGCGACCAGGAGCCGCUGCCCGAGGAGGCCGAGCAGCUGGAGGAGCUCAGUGCCCAGCACGCGGUGUUCAUGGAGGAGCUGAACCGCAAGCAGCCUGACGUGGAGAAGGUGACCAAGAGCUGCAAGCGGAAGCUGGCGGUGGAUCUGGGCCCCCCUGCCACCCGCCGACUGGCCACACGUCGCCGCAGCGGGGGGAAGGCGCAGGGCACGGCGGCCGUGCCGCUCGGGGGGCUGGAGCCCCAGACCCCCCUCAUGGCCCAGCUGCUGCACCGCUGGCAGCAGCUCUGGCUGCUGGCCCUGGACCGGCAGUACCGGCUGGAGACGGCCCUGCAGCGCCUGCGGGAGCUGGAGGAGUUCGCGCACUUUGACUUCGGGGUCUGGAGGAAGCGCUACAUGCAGUGGAUCAGCCAGAUGAAGUCCCGCGUCCUGGACGUGUUCCGCGGCAUCGACAGGGACCAGGACGGGCGCAUCAGCCAGCGGGAAUUCGUCGAGAGCGUCCUCGCCUCCAAGUUCCCCACCAACGUCCUGGAGAUGAAUGCCGUGGCCACCAUCUUUGACAUGAACGGCGACGGCUUCAUCGACUACUACGAGUUCGUCAGCGCCCUGCACCCCAACCGGGACCCGCUGCGCCGCUCCGCCGACGCCGAUCAGAUCCAGGACGAGGUGAACAGGCAGGUGGCCCAGUGCAACUGCGCCAAGCGCUUCCAGGUGGAGCAGAUCAGCGCCAACAGGUACCGGUUCGGGGAGUCCCAGCAGCUGCGGAUGGUGCGGAUCCUGCGCAGCACCCUCAUGGUGAGGGUGGGUGGGGGCUGGAUCGCCCUGGAUGAGUUCCUGGUGAAGAACGACCCCUGCAGAGUGAAGGGAAGGACCAACCUGAAGAUCAACGAGAAGUACCUGUCCUCCGACGUCUUCGGGGCCGCCGCCAGGUGUGCCGGCAACCAAUCUGCGGCCUCCUCCAAAGUGCUGUCCCCGAGCCGCUCCAACUCCAGCCUCAGCCUCUACAGCAGCGCCUCGGCCCCCAGCAGCCCCCUGGCCAGGAAGUCGGUGCUGCGGAGGACGCGCUCCGGGGACCGCUGUCCGCGCUCCCGGGGCUCGGGGCUGCCCGACGGAGCCGAGCUGCAGUUCAGCGCGGCUGAGGAGAGCCUGGCUGCGGCACCCCCAGAGCCGCCCGAAGGGUCCCCUCCGGAGCGCUGCAGCCCCUGCCGCUGACCCCCGCGCCCGCCCUGCGCCCAGCACCCUCGGCCGGCCCCACUCAGGACCCUCCUCCACCGGGCUGGAGGGCGGCGAAGCCGCGGCCGCGCCCCCCGCGGGUCUCCGGCCCGGCGCUGCGGCCCCCCGAGCGGGGCUGAGCUGUACGCCCGCCAGCGAUCCCGCCGGGGCCCGUUCCAGAGGAUAUGCAAGUAUCUCCCGACACCCACCAAGCCCCCGGGCUCUGGUCUC